AUGUCUCAGUCUCAUCGCAUGAGAAAGCCGACAUUGUCGUCCGAGCGUGUCCCUGACGAAGUAGUAUUCGACAUCCUAACUCAUCUGCCAGUGAAACCUAUCAUCCGAUUCAGGUGCGUUUCUAAAUCUUGGAACUCGACUAUCACCACCCCCAUUUUCAUUACCACACACCUUAACCAUAACCGAGCAAAAUCAUCAUUACCCAAUAAUGGUUAUCUUCUAUAUACUUCACAAGCCAUGUAUCCUUCGUCUCACCAACAAUUGUGCGUAGUUGUUCGCAAUAGCGACCACACUUUAACUGAGUUAUCAAGGUGUAGAUCACCCUUUUGGGGUUCCCACGUGAUUGGUUUUUGUAAUGGCAUAUACUGCUUCUUUGAGAAUAAUAAUUAUACAAUAUCUUUAUGGAAUCCAAGUAUUAAAAAGCUUAAGAUUCUCACUCCUAUUCGCAUACCUAGGUAUGAUGGUAUGGUCACUCAUGGACUUGUUUAUAAUUCUCAAAACAAUGACUUCAAGAUUCUCAGAAUUGUGUUUGAUGGAGAGGUUUCUGGAUAUAAAGUGCCGCUACCACUUGAGGCUGGGGUGUACACUUGGAGUACUGAUUCAUGGAGAUAUAUUGACAUAUAUAUGGAGUCAUUGAGUGGGUCUGGACUCAAUGCUUCUAUUGUUGAUAUACAAGAGGAACCCUUUAUAUUUGUCAAUGGAGCUCUGCACUCUAUGAUACAUACUAGGGGCCACAAUUUCAUUUUGUGCUUUGAUGUCAAUGAUGAGACAUUCCAAGCGAUAAUGCUGCCCAAAAAUUACUUAGAUGGGUUAUCUCCAGAUUUUGAUCAAUUUGAACAACUUGUGGUUUUCAAGGGAUCGUUGGCUUUAGUUGCUUUUGGUAGAGAUUUAUAUGAAGAGCAUGAUUUAUGUUUCAUAUGGGUGAUGACGGAAUAUGGCGUGUUUGAUUCUUGGUCUAAAAAAACUGUAGCAGUAGAUUUGGUUGAGAGGUUCUUUGGCUGCACCAGAAGGGGUGAACUUCUAAUUGAAACACUUGACACCGGACUUGUUUCAUUUGACCCUGAUAGUCUAGAUCAGAACAAUCUUGAAAUUGAACGUUCUCCUAUUUGGUUAGGUUACUCUACUGAUUUUAUGGAGAGCUUGGUUUUACUUGAUGGUGUAAACCUCUCAUCUGAGAGCUUGGUUUUACUUGAUGGGGUAAAUGUCUCAUCUGAUGUCUCAUCUGAAUACGAAGAUUAG